GCGAUUGAAAAAAAAAAAAGCUCUCGCGGCGGACUGUUUCAAGUCCCCCCGGUAGAAACUGUGCCUGAUUUGUGGCCGAUGUUGGAGAUGUAAAAAAAAAAAAAAAAAAAAAAAAAAAAAAAAAAACAGGAGGAGGAAGAAAACCACACACUACCCUGGGUAGCUAUGGAGAUGGAGCCUUUUCCUGGCCGCUUUCUUUGACAGGCGUCGAGUAGGGGCUUAAAAAUCUUUCAAAAACGGAGUCCAACAUGUACGCCAAAGGGAAAGGAGCCGUGGUGCCGUCCGAUAGCCAAGCGCGAGAGAAGUUGGCUUUAUACGUCUACGAAUACUUGCUACAUGUUGGCGCUCAGAAAUCUGCACAGACCUUCUUGUCUGAGAUCCGGUGGGAGAAGAACAUUACUCUAGGAGAGCCCCCAGGAUUCCUGCAUUCGUGGUGGUGCGUGUUCUGGGAUCUGUACUGCGCCGCCCCGGACAGACGUGAGACCUGCGAGCAUUCCAGCGAGGCCAAGGCCUUCCAUGACUACAGCGCAGCAGCGGCGCCCAGCCCUGUAAUGGGGAACAUGCCCCCUAAUGAUGGCAUGCCUGGUGGACCCAUGCCCCCUGGCUUCUUUCAGGGCCCUCCCGGGUCGCAGCCGUCUCCCCACGCACAGCCUCCCCCACACAACCCCAGCAACCCCAUGAUGGGACCCCACGGCCAGCCUUUCAUGUCUCCACGGUACCCGGGUGGACCUCGGCCGUCCCUCCGCAUGCCAAACCAGCCUCCUGUCGGGGUUCCUGGGUCACAGCCACUCUUGCCAAACAAUCUGGACCCAACCAGACCACAAGGACACCCUAGCAUGGGUGGCCCGAUGAGAAUGAAUCCACCUAGAGGGAUGGGCAGCAUGGGUCCUCAGAACUACGGUGCAAUGAGGCCACCUCCAAACUCUCUGGGUGGGCCAGGCAUGCCAGGAAUGAACAUGGGUCCAGGAGGACGGGGUCCCUGGCCGAAUCCCAACACUAACUCGAUAGCGUACUCCUCCUCAUCUCCGGGCAACUACGUGGGUCCUCCAGGGGGAGGUGGUCCUCCAGGAACUCCCAUCAUGCCAAGUCCAGGAGAUUCGACGAACUCGAGCGAAAACAUAUACACAAUGAUGAACCCCAUCGGCCCCGGAGGCAACAGACCCAACUUCCCGAUGGGCCCGGGCCCUGACGGUCCGAUGGGAGGGAUGGGCUCCAUGGAGCCUCAUCAUAUGAACGGAUCAUUAGGGUCCGGUGACAUGGAUGGGUUGCCAAAGAACUCGCCCAGCAACAUGGCAGGCAUGAAUAACCCGCCGGGCACACCGCGAGACGACGGCGAGAUGGGCGGCAACUUCCUCAACCCGUUCCAAAGCGAAAGUUAUUCACCCAACAUGACGAUGAGCGUGUGAUUUUCUUUUAUUCUUUUUCUUUUUUUCUCCCUCCCCUUUCCUUUUUUAUUAUUAUUAUUAUUAUUAUUAUUAUUAUUAUUAUUGUUAUUAUUAUUUCCUUUUAUUUUCCUUCCAUUUGUUCCUUUUGACAACACACCCCACGCCUCGUAGAACUUUGGGCCAAGCCGCGCAUCUUCACGGGACGCCGCUCGAAGCACGGGACUCGCUCCAAAAUGGACACCGGUGACAGGAAUCAGCCCCCGAGCUACAGGAAGAGCCUGCUGACUGCCUCGCUCUGCCUUCCUGUCUGGCUCAGGACACUGAAAGAAGGGGCUUUAAGAAGGCACGCAUAUAUAUAUAUAUAUAUAUAUAUAUAUAUAUAUAUAUAUAUAUAUAUAUAUAUAUAUAUAUACACAUAUACACCCCCCACCACAUUCGCACUCACACACGCAUAAGCGAAAGGACAGACUGAUGGACAGGAACGUGAACGUGUUUUUGGCUCAGCUCUUUUUAACUCACUCCAUCUUCUUCUCUUUCUUUCUUUUCUUUCUCGUUCCUUUUUAACGUGCUAGAUUUCACUCUGGGGACGUGUUGACGACCCCCACCUUGUUUUUUUGUUUGUUUGUAAGUUUUUUUUGUUUUUUUUUUUGCUUCCCCAUCCAUUUUAACGUGUACAUUUUAAAACACUCAUGAAGAUGUGACGGGCUAUGAACGUUUUCCAUUAUUUCUGUGUAUGUAUUGUAUUAUUAAUAAUUAUUGUUCUUUUUUUAUUUUUAUUUUGUAUUAAUAUUGUAAUGAUUGAUAAGGGUAUUUUUUUUUUUCUUUUUUUUUUUUUCUUUCCUCAGAAGGGCACAUUUGUAUCUCAGUAACCAUGAAAUCGUCAGAGUAAGCACAUAUUCGUCACGAUACCCAGUGGAAACUCUAUGAUUUAUUAUUGUUAUUAUUUUUGUGAAUUAGUUGAUGUUUUAUUCUAAUGUUGUUUGGGGGGAAAAUUUCGAGCUUGGAGUAACUUAAUUUUUUUUUUUUUUUUUUUUUAUAACCCUACCCCCACCCCCACCACCACCACCAUGGCUUUGCGUGACUUUUUAAUCUCCUUUACGUAAUGUAGCGAUUUGAAAGAAAGCUCCACCCCCCGGGCGUCGAGCGUUUCUGAUAGUAAACUUCACUCCAUGACCGAUCUCUUUGCUGUUGCUGUGUUAUUAUGCCCUCUGUCCAGACGCUCUCUGAACAAUUAGAAAGCCAACAGCAGUUUGUGGCCUGUGUCAUGAUGUCACCGAUUGAAGAAGAAGAAGAAAAAAGAAGGAUCUUCACUCCUAAGGCGAAAAUCCUGUUGUUUGUUUGUUUUUUGUUUUUUAAUUGUGGUACUUUUUUUUUUGUUUGUUUUAUUUACGUUUUGCUCACGUUUUAUUUAUUCUCCCCACCCUUUCCCGACCCUCCUUCAUGUGUGUAUGUCUUGCAACAUGCAGCUUGCUUCAGGACAUUGUAAACAUGUAAAUAAUGCCAGUCUAAAGAUACCUCCUGCUGAAUGGACCCCUGUCCCGCCUGCAUGUUCCUGAAACAGGGCGUCUCGGGAAAUGGUGGUGGAGGUGGAGGUGGGUGGGGAAACGGACGUCAGACGUCGAGACACGCUGUUCUCAUUUAUGACGGACUGAUGGAAAAGGAGCAUCAGUGGCAGCGCCCUCGGCUGACCAGACACGCGUCGUCUUCAGCACCUCGAGUGCCGUUGAGGUGCCGCGUCUACGUCUGUUCCCAAGACGAGUGGAGGAAAAAAUCUUGAACGCCACUUGUCGGGUUUUGUUUUGUUUUGUUUUGUUUUGUUUUGUUUUUUGUUUUGUUGGAUACGAAUGAAGACUACCUAGAGACAAGACACCUAAACGCAGAGUCCUAUAACACGGAGGUCCAUCUUUCAUCUUUAACUCCCGUUGAAGCGUACUGAUCAGGAUUCAUCAAUGUUUUUGUUGUUAUUGUUGUCGUUUUUAAUACUUGUUGAACAGUUUUGGGCUUCAUUCUAGAUGUUUCCCAUCAUCCACCACUGCUAUUUCAUUUAUUAAUUAAGAGUUUCCAAACGCUCUAACCUGCCCCCGUACUCGAAUCGCACCGCCUUGUACAUGACGUCACCUCUUUAUUUGAUUUUUUUUUUUCUUCUUUUUUUUUUCCCCCCCCCGUCCUCUUCCCGUCCCCUUUCUCGAUCAUUUUGCUUCUUGUAAAUACUGUAAAAUGCAUUUUGAUAUCAUUGACAUGUUUUUUGAUAUUCCAGUCCUGACAAAUGAACACAGCACUGGAGGGAGGGAAAGAGGGGGGAGGAAAAAAAAAAAGGUGUAAAGGUGUGAAGAAACCCACCUUUCCAGCUGAAGCUCUGAAAACUUCUACACGAUCAGUGAAAAAGCAAAGAACUCAUCCUGUUGCACUGAUUAAUCCACAGAUGAACGAUGAGAGGCGGUUCUGUAGCAGUCCUAACACACUCCUGUUUCAACCUUGACCGAGUGCUCAGGAUCCCUUUUUAUUUAUUUUUAUUUUUUUAUUUUUGUUUUGUUUUUUGGUUUUCACAUCCCCCAGACAGACACAGACAGACAGACAGACAGACACAGACAGGCAGGGCGGCCGUACUUGUGCACUUUUCCAGAAAAAUGAUUGAACAAAUCAGAAACGUCAAGGGACCAGAGAUACAAACAGACUUUGUGAUGAAGGAUUUUUAUCUAUUUAAAAUAAAAUUUUAAAAAAGUUAAAAAAAAAUAAAAAUAAAUAAAAACGCUUUAAAAAAAAACAAAAAAGAAAAAAAACGGGAGGAGGUAUUUCCUUUGCAUUCUGAGAUAUUUUCUAGGGUCAAAUCCCAAAUUGGACACUACUCGCGGUGUGAGGUAGCUGUUCUACCCCCGACACCCCCCCCCCCCCCCCCCCCCCCCCCCGUGUAGUGCACUUACCCAGGGAGUAGGGAGCAGUUUGGGAUUCAGCCAGUGUCUUCGCCCUGUUUUCCGUACAAAGUCUGUCCCACCGGCCAUCUCUGUACUACUGUUGUGACUCUGUAUAAUAAUGUAACAUUAAGGAGAAAUGGAAGGGAGCUUCGUCGUUCCUCUGAUUUUUUUUUUUAUUUUUCUUUCCCCGUUUGUUCAUUUUUUUUGGUUUGUUUUUGGUGUCCCCGUCCCCCCGAGAAACGGAACAAGCAGUAUUGAGUAUGAAGCAGCGACCUCCUUCGAUUUUUGUUUCGGAUUUCACGUUAGACUAGACUGGCUCCUUGUCUUCUAGGGACUUUUUUCUGUGUCUCGUGUAGUUAAUGUUUCUUUCUAUUGUAAAAAUUUCUUUAGACUGAAAAGGACAAAAAAAAAAUCACCAAACAAAAAAAGUCGUUUACUUAAAAAAAAAUGGAGAAAAAAAAUGCAUCAAUAAUAAAUGUAAUUCUUUUCUUUUUUUCCAUGGAGUCGUCACUUAUUUUUGCUCGUGUCCCUUCGUUGUAGAUACAAAUUUAAGACUAAUAAAAAAUAACGUAAUCCCUUUUA